AUGGCGGAGAAGUCUCAGAAAGCAAAAGCUGCAGCCAAGCAGGCGGCUGUCUCCGCGGCGAAGGUCACUGAGCAGCGCGUGGGUGGCGAGGAGGCAAAGAGGAAGUUCACGCGGAUCGAUGCCUUCGAGGGCAUCUAUUCGUUCCUCUCCCUGGACGAGCCCUGUGCAGUGCUCUUCGGCAGCUCUUUGCACCACUCCGCGAGGCAUGCGCUGCUAGCAGCUCAAUACCCAGACGCUUCAGAUCGGCUGCAGGCUCCAGACGCCCUGGAACUGUCGGCAGCUCUGAAGCUCGUGGAGAAUGAGCAGGAAGCAUCCGACUGGAGCCACAACACGCGCCUCAAGGCGAUGGAGCGAAUCCAGCGGGACAAGUUCCAGCGCUGCGAGGAGUUCCGCAAAAAGCUAAAGGAGACUGGCGACCGAGAUUUGGUGUGGGAGAACGACGAGGACACCUUCUGGGGUUCCACCAAAGGACGUGGACAGAACCAUUUGGGCAGAAUCCUCAUGGAAGUGCGGGCCAGCGUGCAGGAUGAGACCGACUUCGCUUCCUGGCUGUUUCUUUGCUGUCAGCUGGAAAGCGAGGCCGUGCGCUGGCCACCCGUAGAGUUGGUGGAGUGCAAGGAUGACGGAUCUGGAGAGAAGCAGGUGCAUCGCCUGGCCGGCAAGGAGUACUUCAAGUUCGGGAAGCUACCAUCGAACGCCGUGGUGGCUAUGCAUCCCUCGACGUCACGGGAGCAUACCAUCAUUUUGCACACCAAAGCCGAGGCGGCCCGGCCUACUGGCGGGGUGGCCAUCAUGGAUCUGGCCUCCAAGUUUGGUACUCACGUGGACGGAAGGAGACUUCCACAGGCUUUCGUGCUUGAGCCCUUGCGGUCGGGAUCCAAAAUCAAGCUGGGUACUUCCACACGAAGCUACGAGGUGAAGGUGAACCUCCGGUCACAGAUCGAGGAGCUCGAGCGGCAACAGCGGGAGUUGAUGCGCGAGGUGCAGAGCAUCGACCAGGACGGGCAGGGCAUUUCUCUGGUGCAGGACGCAGCGGAUCCUGUACAAGCUGCAAAGAGGCUGGCCAAAGAGGAGAUACCUGCUGCUGUUGAGACCUUCAUGAUGAUGAGAGAUGAAUGGUAA